GCUCCCCUCUGCGUGCGGUCGGCGCGCGCCGCGCGGGUCUGUGUGUCUGUGUGCGUGUGUCCCUGGAUGGGAGAUGCAUUGGAGUCCUACGGCUGGGUGUUCCUUCCGAGCGGUUUUGCUCAGCAAGCUGUUAGGGGAUCAUGGAAACUUUUUUUUCUGGCUAAAAGGAUGAAAACUGAGUAAGUACAUAGAACUUUGAACUUGGAACGAAACAAAUACAAGCCAACCUCUACGGAUGGUAACCAUGUCCAUUCAGACUGUGUGUUCCCUUUUUAUGUUAAAAGCCGUGAAGGCUUACAGGAGAGUGGCAAUUUAAAACGGAAUGAGGGGAAGCAGUUAAGAAACAUGAAAGGCUGAAAGCAGGACGGCUUUAAAACCGGAGGAAAAAUGAGGAACUGUUAAGGCGAGCUGGUCUGCGUCCAGCUGUGCAACAGGCACUUUGGGUUAAACCUCUUGCCAUCUCCAAUGCUGUUUUUAGGCUCCAGACUUACUUUGCUGUUGUUUCUCUUUUCCUGUGAAGCUUUUACUGUUGAGCUGAAGGAUGUGAAAAAAUAAGGCAUUACCGGAAGCAACAGUUUGGCAGCCAGGGGUAAGCUCAGGUUAUUCGUUGCAACUAUUAUUAUUUUGAUGUCUUUUUUUAAACCCAAGCCAGCCACUUUUUACUGUCAUCCAUGGAAGGGCUCUUAUUUACCGCCUCAGACUUUUGGGACCUAUGAUUCUUUGGCAUGACGCUUCGGAAAGUUCUUAAGUGGGGGAUGGAACUAUCUUGAUGUGCUUUAAGUUGUGGAAAAAGAAGACAGAUUUUUAUUUUUCAUGCUGACAAAAAAUAGCUAUGACUUUUCCGGCAACGUGGACAGGGGCCAAGUGAAGCUGAACUGGUCAUGGUCUGUCGUCCAGUGUUCCUUUGUCGCCGGCGAUUUUGCCCGCGGCCCUUCUUGGUGGGCUUGGUGGUGGCAGUCUGUCUCUUCUACCAGACCCUGACGCUCCGGGGAUCCAGGAAGCUCACAGCCACUGUCCCUGCGGCUGCUCCAAACACACCCACCGAAACCCAGGCAAGCAGAUGCCGGAAGGGAUUCCCCGUGGACAAGCAGUGCGUCCUUCUCUCCGAUAACGCACAGGAAAUCAGAAAGAUCGAGGAGUCAGUUGAGACCCACUUUGGCAGCCAUGGCAGAAGGGCCAUUCUCUACCAUUCUCCUUCUUCCAGCAAAAUGGAACUGAAUCUCCACCAGUACAUUCUCACUCAGCUUCACUAUACAGUUGUCAUCGUUGAAGAAAGGCUGCUCGGUGCUGACCUUGGGCUGAGGCUGCUAGAAAAAGGUGGUUUGGACUCUUGGAAUCUGCUCAUUUGCCUGUCCUCUAGGAAAGCUGGUGGGAAACCCUGCAUAUCCAAGGAAGACAUGUGCCAGUUAGGUUUACAUCAAAAGGUAAACAUAGUACCAGAAAUACAGCAUCAGCUUUGCAGAAAAGAAGGAUUAUGUCAAAUAAUUAGAAGAUUUCCAGAAUUGCAGCUUCCGGUGAGCCCCUCUGUAUGUCUGGAUCAGAGCACACAGUUAAAGCUGAGUACUUCAAGUCACCUUUUAAAGACAGUGAAGUCACAUACGUGGAAACCAGGGGACUGGAGACGUGAACAGCUGAAUCAAACCACAGUCCUUGCUCCCCGAGAGACAGUCUUGCAAGCCAAAGAUCUGUCUGUAAUCCUGAAAGCAUACGUGCUGGUGACGUCCUUAUCUCCUCUGCGUGCGUUCAUUCACUCCACUGGCACGGUCUGGAAUCCACCAAAGAAAAAACGCUUCACUGUCAAGCUGCAAACAUUUUUUGAGACAUUCCUGAGAGCCAGUUCACCUCUCCAGGCUUUUGAUAAAAUGAAGGAAGCAGUUAGCAAACUGCUGCUAGCAACUGAAGUGUUCAGUGAAACAUCUACUCUGGGACCAAAGGCCUUCGAUAGAUGCAGAUUAUGUUUUCAACUUUUAACCUUUGAUAUUGGUUAUGGCAGUGUCAGGUCCCCUGUAGUGCUCCAGGUCCAUGAGCAUUUGAAUUUUCAAGAUGAUGAUAAUAUGGAUUUUGAGGACCAAAACACAGAAGAAUUCCUUUUAAAAGACACUUUCAAUUUUCUCCUGUCUAAUGAAUCUUCACUUUCCAUAUUUUCUGAGAUAUUUCAGGGACUUUAUAGAUCAGGUGUAUUUAAGAGUGAAGACUAUCAGAAAGAACUAAACCAAUGCCUGUCUUUAGAGGAGAUUAACUCAAUUAUGACUUUCAUAAAGGAACUUGGGAAUUUGGGACAAUUCCAGCUGCUCUUCCCAUCUGCUACUCCUGGAUUUCAAUCUUUGAUGCGUGAAUUUUAUGAUAUGGCAAAUCCUAUGCGAAAGCCUGGUUCUACCGUGGCCCAAUACUGGUCUCUUUUAAAUGUAUUUGAACAAUUUCAGCUCCUGAAGAAAAAGGCACCACUAUACCCGCUGGAAUGGAAUUCUUUCGCAGAGGAUGAGAGCAUUAAAAAACCACAAGGACCAUUUGAUGGAAUUGAAAUUAAAAAAGCUGCGGUUCCACAAAAUAUUAAUGAAACCAAAGAAAUACAUUGCAGUAAUGCAGAUAAAGACACACAGUGUCAUAUCAAGCAGAUCUUCACACAUCCACGUUUGAAACUAAACCCUGAAUUUAACCCGGAGAUCAAAGAUUAUUACUCUGAAGUCCCAUUUGAUGUGGUAACACUAACAAUUGGAGCAGAGACGUCUAAGUGUCAUUGCAAAGUGUACCUGCAUGAAGGGGCAGGACCAAGCUUUGCCAACUACCCUCUGGGUUUAGGGAUGAACAAAAUUUCAGUGCUUGUGGUGGAUGAAUCUCCGGCACAAGGUGAGACCCUGGUCACGUACAAAUUCGCCAUCUAUAGAGAAGACCGUCCAAGUCUGCCCUUGUUUGAGGACUUCACAGCAUGCGGUUUUGUGCAGGAUUGUGGUUUGCUGAUUCAACCAGAGGAAACCUGUGGGUUACAGCCUAUUUCUUCUGACUACAUUGAAGCCAUUUCACAGCCCGAACUAAAGAUUUGUCCAUCUGGGGACACAAAAGGCCAGUGGAUCGUGCCUUGCCUCAGCUGUUCAGACAACAGGACCUGUGACUGGAGAGAAAUCACUUGGCAGCCCCACGACUGCCAAUACAGCAUCCUAACUAAGCCUCAGCUCCAGCAGUGCCUGGGAGGAAGGAAGAUUCUUUUCAUUGGCGAUUCAACCAACAGAGGGAUAAUGUACUACCUGAUUGAGAGAUUGAAUGACACCUUGCAGGAAUGGCAGAAAGUGCAUGGCACAAAAUUCUAUCACAAUGUCAAUGGCGGGAAGACGCCGAUCAGUUAUUCCUACUAUCCCCAGUUCUGGAUAAGCCCUUCAUUGAGACCAACAUUUGAAAAAGCACUUGAACAUCUCUUGCAAAGAUCACGUCCCCUGGAGAAUACGAGCCAGACGGUAUUGGUCGUUGGUGGUGUUCAGUGGCUUAAUUCCAAUCACCUGCAAAUUAUUCACAAGGUCUUGAAGAGGGAAAAUUUACUCAAUAUCCUUGUGAUCAUCAAAACUUUGGGAAUUGGAUUUCAUCUGCCAGUGGAUGGAGUACAUUUCUUAACACAGAGUGAAGUUCAGAACUUAUGGAAAGAAAAUUUGAUUAUUCUGGAUGCUGCAAAAACAUAUGGCUAUGAAGUGGUUGACACAUUCACUAUAACAAUGGGGCGGUACAAAGAGUUUUUGCAGGGGACCUGUGGAUGUCAUUUCCAUGAGGUAGUGAAAUCAAAGUUAUCCAAAGAAUAUCACUUUAUUAAAAUAAAACGAUCAAGAAAUCACAUUGUGGGAAAAUAUUUCAGCAAUCAAAGCAGACUACAACAACGCCAACAAGACUCUGUAACAAAUUUCCAAUCACCCUAUCAUGUCAGAGGUCCGGUUAAUCAGGUUUGCUCUGAAAUCCUUCUCAGCAGGAUAUGUGCCAGUGGAAGAACUGCAUAGACUCUGUGGAAGGACUGAGCCUGGGAUUGGAGACAAGCCACUCACCUGGACGAUGGUCUAGAAGCCAAAUCCCGUGCAUCUUGUGUAUUCUGGUUCCACCAGCCACGCUCAGGCACAUCGGCACACAUAUGAACACCGAGGCACACUUAGCUUAAAAAAGUCACGCCACUUUUUUUUUUCCUAGAGCUUUAGCAAGUCAGAAUGUGCACUUGGAAAUCAGCUGGUUUCAAGAUGAAGGACAGAGCUAGAAAAAAGUGACCUGAGUAUAAUCAUAAACUAAAACCACCGUGGGUCAGGUAUUACAUUGUGAUAAGAGGAAUAUAGACAUUCGAAAUGCAGAAAAAAGAAGAUAAUGCUCUUGAGUCUUGGGUUAUCUUUAUCGGAACCUUAAUAUUGAAAAGGGGAAAAAGCAAUUCACAUUCCACCUGUAAGCAGAGACUGUGCUUGUGCCCUUUGCCAGGAGAAAACGUGGCCUUGAUGAGGGUUUAGACCUUGUGAAUCUAAUGCUUAUGAAAACUGCUUCUUCCUAUACUUUAAAAAUCCUAUGACUGAAGGGAAAAGAGCGAGAAUGCUCUUCCAUGGAAUUUUAAGGGAUUCUAAGAGAGAGAGAGAAAGUACAGUGGAUUGGGAAUCUGGAGUUUUCGUUGUAGCGGCUUGGGUUGCUGCCCUGGCACGGGUUAGAUCCCUGGUCUGGGAACUUCCACAUGCUGUGGGUAUGGCCGAAAAAAAAAAUGUGCUAUUUUACAUUUCAAACACCAAUAUAUUUAAUUUUGCACUCUUUGUAUUUUUCAUAAACAUUCCCUCCUAGCCUGUCCAAGAACUUGGAUGGGUAACUGCAGACUAAGUUAAUUAAAUAUGUAAUUUUAAAGUGAGAAACUAAAUAUGGUUCCUCAUGGGUUACUUUAUCAUGUUUCAUUGAUGAUAUUACCUGAGAAACCUUUUGUUUGCUGUUAGAGCCCUGUAUAAUUUAAGAUUGCAAUUAUAUUUUAUGUAAAUAUUUUGCAAAGGAUUAAGCAUUUGCAAGUACAUAGGCAUUUAUUUCCAUAAAGCAUUUGUCUGUGUCCACAAAUACUACUAUGUUACUAGAAACUAUUUUAAUUUUCCUGAGCAAAUGUAUCUAAUCCAAAUUUAGCAUAGACAUAAAUUUUUUUAAUAACUGUGGCAUACAUGUAAAACAUAUCUAAUCCUAGUAUUGAGAACUUUCUCUUCUAUGUUUUAAGUUCAAAAAGGUAAAUUUCUCCAUUGUACAAAUGCUUUGUUGUGAGAGGACAUCUCACAGUUACAAUGGCUUUUAAAGGAUCAUUUUUCUUUUGGGGAAAAAAAAAAAGCUGGGAAGGUUAAUUCCAUACUUGGCUGAAAUUACUAAAUGUACAAAUACCUCAACCUCAAUUUCAUCACCAUACAAAGAAAUAAAACUAUUUUGAUUGAAAAGUUCCUUAGUAGGAAUAUCCACCUCGUCUAAAUACUCUAUUUUUAUACAUAUUUUUAUAUGAAAGUAAACAUGAAUUUAUAUUUAAUGGUCUUAAAUUAUAUCUAAGCACAAAUAUCACUUGAUAUAAACAAUACAUAUCUGUAUCUGACAUGGUAAAUUUUUUAAAAGAAUGGUACAGAAUUAACUUUUUAAAUAAAUGACUUGUCUAAUAUCUUCAGCGAUAUGCAAGCAUCAUUCUUGGGUGUUCAGUGAUUAUUUAAUGAUAAAAACCAUUGCUUCUCCAAUUCGUAUAGCUUCUCCAUCAUGUUUUAAUGUAUUACAUACUCUGUAACAGAAUUACAGUCAGUGGAUGUUUCUUAUGAGUUCCUGUCAACCGAACUGCAGUGCCUUUCUGACUGAGGCUAGCCUGGCAUUUACUUCUUCGCCAUUGAAAUAAUAAUGGAUUUUAGAAACAAUUGUAGUAAUGCUAUUAAUAAAUGUCUUACUAGUAAUA